GGGGAAAUCCUUUUAGUGACAUUUGUCCUAGCUUGGCUGAGGGCAUCGAACCUCGCAGUAGUGAGGAAAAGAGCCAGACCCAGAGGGGGAGUCUGUCUGCCAGCCAAGUGCUGCUUCCUGGUGCUCAGAGGCUGCUCCAUCGCCAACUCUCUCCCUCUCAUUCAUUUCGCCGGCUAACAUGAGAGAUCAUGGCCGCCUUCGGGCUCCUCAGCUAUGAGCAGAGACCUCUCAAACGAUCCCGCUUGGGGCCGCCCGACGUCUACCCGCAAGACCCCAAGCAGAAGGAGGAUGAACUUACUGCCGUGAAUGUAAAGCAAGGUUUCAGUAAUCAGCCAGCCUUCUCUGGAGAUGAGCAUGGGUCUGCUAGAAAUAUUGUCAUUAACCCUUCAAAGAUUGGUGCUUAUUUUAGCAGCAUAUUAGCAGAAAAGUUAAAACUCAAUACUUUCCAGGAUACAGGAAAGAAGAAACCACAAGUAAAUGCCAAAGACAAUUACUGGCUAGUUACUGCUCGUUCCCAGAGUGCAAUUCACAAUUGGUUUGCAGAUUUAGCAGGAAAUAAGCCACUGACUAUCCUAGCAAAAAAGGUUCCAAUCCUCAGUAAAAAGGAAGAUGUUUUUGCUUACUUAGCAAAAUAUUCUGUGCCACUACUACGAGCAGCAUGGCUGAUCAAGAUGACAUGUGCAUACUAUUCUGCUAUUUCUGAAGCUAAAAUAAAAAAACGCCAGGCUGCUGAUCCAAAUCUUGAAUGGACUCAGAUUUCAACUAGAUACCUUCGAGAACAGCUGGCAAAGAUUGCAGAAUUUUAUCACAUGACUUCAGGCCAAGGCAGCAGCUCCGUAGUUGUGACUCCUGAGGUGGAACAAGCCCUGAAGCAGUGGGAAUAUAAUGAAAAGCUGGCAUUCUAUAUGUUCCAGGAAGGAAUGCUUGAAAGACACGAAUAUUUAACAUGGAUAUUGGAUGUCCUGGAAAAAAUAAAGCCUGCUGCUGAUGAACUUCUAAAACUCUUACUACCACUAAUGUUGCAGUAUUCAGAAGAGUUUGUCCAGUCAGCCUACCUGUCACGUCGCCUUGCUUUUUUCUGUGCCAGACGCGUCUCUUUAUUAAUAAGUGACAGUCCUAACCUCAUUGCUGCCCACUCACCUCAUAUGAUUAUUGGACCAAAUAAUCCUCCUCUAGCAGUUCCCAGCCCUACUACAACUGCGCCUGUGGUCAACCCUGCACUGCUACCCUGUUCAGAUUUUCUUUCCUGCCCACAGCAUCGUCCACUUGUUUACGGACUUAGCUGUAUGCUGCAGACUAUAACUCUCUGUUGCCCAAGUGCCUUGGUGUGGAAUUAUUCUACAAAUGAAAGUAAAAACAUCAGUCCUGGUUCACCUUUGGAUUUACUUCAAGUUGCUCCAUCUAGUUUACCUAUGCCAGGAGGAAAUUCUGCAUUCAAUCAGCAGGUUCGGGGAAAGAUUUAUGAAGUAGAACAGCAGAUAAAACAAAGGGGGCAUGCUGUGGAAGUGCGGUGGUCAUUUGACAAAUGCCAAGAAUCAACUGCAGGGGUUACUAUCAGCCGUGUUUUGCACACACUGGAGGUUCUGGAUAGACAUUGCUUUGAUCGAUCAGAUUCUAGCAAUUCAAUGGAAAGUCUUUAUCACAAGAUUUUCUGGCCAAACCAGAGUAAGGAUAGCCAGGAGAUUGCGCCUAAUGAUGAAGCUGUCAUAACAUUGCUUUGCGAAUGGGCCGUGAGCAGUAAAAGAUCUGGCAAGCACAGGGCAAUGGCUGUAGCUAAAUUAUUGGAGAAGAGGCAAGCUGAAAUUGAAGUGGAACGAUGUGGUGAGGCAGAAGUCUUGGAUGAAAAGGAAUCCAUUUCUUCAGCAUCUCUUGCUGGAUCCAGCCUUCCUGUUUUCCAGAAUGUCCUUCUUCGGUUUUUAGACACCCAAGCCCCCUCAUUAUCUGACCCAAACAGUGAAUAUGAGAAGCUGGAAUUUGUGAACCUGGUGCUGCUUUUCUUUGAAUUUAUACGACAUGAUGUUUUCUCCCACGAUGCUUACAUGUGCACUUUAAUAUCACGUGGAGACUUGUCCAUCAUGGCAGCUUCGAGACCACGCUCGCCAACUGGGGAAAAUAUGGAUGAACGGUAUUCUAGGGAACCAGAAGUGAAACUGGAGGACCAUAGUAUUAUGGAACAUAUGUACAUUGACUCGGGAACUUCUAAUAUUUUUGAUGAUGUAGACAAGAAUGACUUUAAGACAGACUUUGGUUCGGAAUUUCCAAUAUUUUCUCCAAUGCCUGGGGAGUCUUGUGAGAAUCUGAAUUCUAUAUCAGUGAUAGACAGAAGAAUUUCAACAACCAGUGAAAAGUCUGUGAAGAGGGAAAAACUGAGGGAGCUGAUCUUUCCAUCAAACUACAACCUCCUUCGCCAUUUGCAAUAUGCGACACAUUUUCCUAUACCUCUGGUUGAAUCUUCAAGUCAUGAAUGUAACCAGCGUAUGAUUCUUCUUUAUGGUGUUGGCAAGGAACGUGACGAGGCAAGGCAUCAACUGAAGAAGAUUACCAAAGACAUCUUGAAAAUCCUAAAUAAGAAAAGUACUACUGAAACAAGCGCUGGGGAUGAAGGGCAGAAAGUCAGAAAGAACAAGCAAGAAACCUUUCCAACUUUAGAGACUGUGUUUACAAAACUGCAGCAGCUUUCAUACUUCGAUCAACAUCAAGUGACAUGUCAGAUUUCCAACAAUGUUCUGGAACAGAUUACUAGUUUUGCUUCAGGGACAUCAUACCAUCUUCCAUUGGCUCACCACAUACAGCUUAUCUUUGAUCUAAUGGAACCUGCUUUAAAUAUCAAUGGGCUUAUUGACUUUGCUGUUCAGUUGCUGAAUGAGCUGAGUGUGGUGGAAGCUGAGCUUCUGUUGAAGUCAUCCAGCCUGGCAGGAAGUUACACAACAGGACUGUGUGUUUGCAUUGUUGCUGUCCUGAGACAUUACCAUGCUUGCCUCAUUUUGAAUCCAGACCAAACUGCUCAGGUUUUUGAAGGAUUAUGUGGUGUUGUCAAACAUGUUGUUAAUCCAUCAGAAUGUUCUUCCCCAGAAAGAUGUAUUUUAGCCUAUCUCUAUGAUCUCUAUGUGUCCUGUAGCCAUCUCAGAAGCAAAUUUGGAGAUCUUUUCAGUAGUGCCUGCUCAAAAGUAAAGCAAACUAUCUAUAACAAUGUCCAGCCCUCAAACUCCAACUUGUUAUGGGAUCCAGAGUUCAUGUUGGAUUUUAUUGAGAAUCCCUCGAUUCACAGCCUCAAUUAUCCAAUGUUGGGCAAAAUCUUGAGUGACAAUGCACCUAGUCGCUACAGCUUUGUCUGUAAUGCACUAAUGAAUGUAUGCAUGGGACAUCAAGAUGCAGGCAGAAUUAACGACAUUGCCAAUUUGUGUGCAGAGUUAACUGCUUGCUGCACAGUGCUAAGCUCAGAAUGGCUAGGGGUCUUGAAAGCCCUUUGCUGCUCAUCAAACCAUGUCUGGGGAUUUAAUGACCUUCUCUGCAGUGUGGAUGUGAGUGACCUUUCAUUCCAUGAUUCUUUGGCUACCUUUGUUGCAGUCCUCAUAGCCCGGCAGUGUUUUUUCCUUGAGGAUGUUGUUCAACACGUUGCUCUUCCUUCUUUGCUUACAGCAGCUUGUGGAGAUCCAGAUGCUGAGCCUGGGGCAAGGAUGACAUGCAGGCUUCUGUACCACCUCUUUCGAACACCUGAGGUUUCCCUGCUGCCAACUGGGAAAUCUUUCCCAGGUAUUCGGUCCUCUUGUGAUCGUCGCCUCUUAACUGCUGCUCACAACAGCAUAGAAGUGGGUGCUGUAUUUGCUGUUCUAAAAGCAAUACUGAUGCUUGGUGAUGCUGAAAUUGGAAGCAAUAGCAUCUGCUCCCUGAAAAAGUCAGAUUACUCAGUGCGAAGAUUACUAGGUGACCUUAAUGAUGAUGAGAUAUGGGAUGCUGCCUCACAUUCUUUCAAAUCAUGUGGAAAACCUUUCUCCAUAGAAACUGCUAGUCUCAGUGAAUAUGCUAGAUAUGUGCUAAGAAGUAUAUGUCAGCAGGAGUGGGUGGGAGAACACUGCUUGAAAGAACCUGAAAGAUUGUGUACUGAUAAAGAUCUUAUCCUGGACCCAGUUCUUUCAAACAAGCAAGCACAGAAAUUGUUGCAGCUUAUCUGUUAUCCUCAUGGUGUUAAAGAAUGUGCAGAGGGUGACAAUCCUCAAAGACAACACAUCAAGCGCAUUCUUCAGAAUCUAGAUCAGUGGAAUCUCCGGCAAUCAUGGCUGGAACUCCAGCUGAUGAUCAAACAGUGUAUGAAGGAGCCUGGUUCUGGGUCUGUGGCUGAAAUGAACAGCUUGUUGGAUAAUAUUGCAAAGGCGACAAUAGAGGUGUUUCAGCAAUCCGCUGAUCUAAACAAUAACUCUUCUAACUCUGGUAUAGGCCUCUUCAAUCCAAACUCUGUUGGAAAUGCCGAAAUGUAUAUUACGAGGCAGAAUAGUAAAAAGACAUUCCUAAGUUCUUCUGAACGGCAAGGUGUAUGGCUAGUGGCUCCCCUGAUCGCAAAGCUGCCUACCUCUGUUCAAGGCAGAGUCUUGAAAGCAGCUGGAGAAGAGCUAGAGAAAGGCCAGCAUUUGGGAUCAUCUUCAAAGAAGGAGAGAGACAGGCAGAAGCAAAAGAGCAUGUCUCUUUUGAGUCAGCAACCUUUCCUUUCUUUGGUACUUACUUGCCUUAAGGGACAGGAUGAGCAGCGAGAAGGGCUUCUAACAUCUCUACAAAAUCAAGUUAAUCAGAUAUUAAGCAACUGGAGGGAAGAACGAUACCAGGAUGAUGUUAAAGCUAGACAAAUGAUGCAUGAAGCUUUGCAACUUCGACUUAAUCUGGUAGGUGGAAUGUUUGACACGGUGCAGAGAAGUACACAAUGGACCACAGACUGGGCACUUCUGCUCCUUCAAAUAAUAACAUCGGGAACAGUUGAUAUGCAAACCAAUAAUGAAUUAUUCACAACUGUACUUGAUAUGCUGAGCAUGUUGAUCAAUGGAACCUUAGCGUCUGACCUAUCAAAUGCAUCCCAGGUGGGAUCUGAAGAAAACAAAAGAGCAUACAUGAAUUUGGUGAAAAAGCUGAAAAAAGAACUAGGAGAUAAGUGUUCAGAAAGUAUUGACAAAGUUCGUCAACUUCUUCCGUUGCCCAAACAGAUGUGCGACAUUAUUGCUUGUGAGCCUAUGGGAUCACUAAUUGAUACUAAGGGAAACAAAAUUGCUGGAUUUGACUCUAUAGAUAAGAAACAGGGGCUUCAAGUCUCGACUAAGCAGAAAGUAUCCCCAUGGGAUUUAUUUGAGGGCAAUAGAAAUCCUGCUCCACUAUCCUGGGCUUGGUUUGGAACUGUCCGCAUCGAUAGGAAAAUAAUAAAAUAUGAGGAGCAGCAACAUCUUCUUCUCUAUCACGCGCACCCUAAACCCAAGCCACGAAGUUACUACCUCGAGCCUUUACCUCUUCCUCCUGAAGAAGAGGAGGAGGAAGAGCCUACUACCCCUGCCUCUCAGGAACCAGAAAGAAAGUCAGCAGAGCUGUCAGAUCAGGGUAAAACUUCAACAGAUGAAGAAAAGAAGGCAAAAGGCAAGAAACGAAAGAUGAAAACAACUUCCAGAACUGAUGAUUACCCUCAGACCAACAUAUAUAGAGUGCCUCCAAAUUAUUCACCACUUUCUUCUCAAAUGAUUCAGCAUCCGCAGUCUGCUUUGUGGGGCUAUAAUGUUAUGGGACAGCCCCAACAAGCUGGCUUCUUUGUCCAGAACCAGCCUCUUCCGCCAGGUGGUUCCAGAUUGGAUCCUUCAAGCUCCUUUGUCCCAAGCAACACAAAACAAGUGCUGUCUAAUAUGCUACAGAGGCGUUCUGGCACCAUGAUGCAGCCACCAUCAAUUCAUGCAAUUGCUUCACAGCAGCAGCAGCUGCUCCAGAUGAAGCUGCUCCAGCAGCAGCAGCAGCAGCAACAGCAGCAGCGGCUUCUAAGGCAACAAGCCCAGGCAAGGCCUUUCCAACAGGGUCAGACAAUUGAUCAGUCUGCUGUUUUUGCUCAACAAGUCCGGCCACCUUCUCAGCUUCCACAAUAUCCAGGGAUGCAGCAGACCCAGGCUAUUCCUCAUGGCUAUACAAUGUAUAGUACUCAGAUGCCACUACAAUCACAACAGGCUGGGGGCAUCAUCCUUUCACCUUCCUACAACCCCAGGGCAUAUCAAGCAGCUCAUUUCAAUCCAGCUCUAGUGGAGAGGCUAAGGCAGACACAACAGCCAAGUGGCUACAUUCAUCAGCAAGCAGCUGCCUACCCUCAGCCUCUAACAGGCAAUCAGCGAUUGAGUCACCAGCUUUUGCAGCAGAAUCCCUUGGUUGGAGGAGCACUUGAUGCUAUGCCAGCCACAGCUUCCCACCCAAACCUUAACUCAGUGCAUAUGCCUCAGGAACAGAUGCGACAGCGACAGCAACAAAAUCAACAACAGAGACUCCUUCAGUUGCAGCAGCAGCAAAGCCAGCAGCAGGCCCUUAGUCUCCAAGCAAUGCACCCUCAACAACCUUUGUUUCCAAGGCAAGGCUUGCAGCAGACACAACAGCAACAACAGACGGCUGCCCUUGUCAGACAACUCCAAAAACAGCUGUCAAGUAACCAGCCACAACAAGGAGUGAAUCCAUAUGGUCACCCUUCACACUUCUGAAUAUGGAAGAUGGAAAUAAGGGAGAGUGUUUGCACAGAAGAAUAGGAACACGGAAUUUGUUGCACUACUUAUUUCCCCUCCCCCAUUUUUUGUGCUGCGACUGAUGUGAAUAUGUAAGAAAUAGGUGAUCUUUUUUGUUUUUGCAUUUAAGUAAUUAUAAAUGUAUGGAUUAUGUGGGCCUAUUUGAAAAACACUGUUGCUGAAAAAUAUAUGGAUUUGGUGCUUUUAUGGUAUUAUCACUUUUUUCCCCUCAAGUGGAUUAAAAAUUCUGGGUUUUUUUGCGGAAAACAAGGGUUUUUUUCCCUUAAGAACUGCACUGGACCAAACUACUGUCUAAAAAGACACUUGCAUUUUUAUUUUUUGCAUAAAGCUGUUUUUUUUUCCACCUUAGCUUUUGGUAAAAUGUGUAUUGAUUUCAGUCACACUAAUUUUGAUCAUGUUUGUAGUUUUCAUAAGCACUUUAUAAAAUAAUUUGUUUUCAAAGUUUCUGAUUUUUCUGUUGCUUUCAUUAUGGUAAUAAAGUUCCCGAAGGAGGAUCCUUACCUGUAUUCCUAAAGUUUAUAUAAAAAUGCUAUAAUUUAACAAUAAUAAACCUACUAGACUUCAGUACAAAUCUUUCUAGCAAGAGCACCUACCUGAAAAUGAUCACAAUGAAUACCCAAAGCCUAAAUAAUAACUUUUCAUUUUGCUCACAGAGAGACAUUAGAUGCUGCUGGAGCAGUCACAAAGAGUUACACUGAUUUCAGCCUGUAGUCCUUUGCAGUGUUACCCGUGCAUAGGUAUCUGAAAUUAUUGGACUUGUGCAUGCCCAAUAAUGCACAGGGUUACAGCCUGUAAGUGUGGUCAGAUACUAUAAUAAUUAAGUGCAUAUAUUUUCAUUCUGUUUCCUGUAAUUCCUUUGGUAUAUUCUAAUAGGGCUUCCACUGCAUGCAAUAGAAACUAAGACAACCCUUUUCUAUUUUGUAUUGUGUUGGUAUUUCAAAAUAAUUUCAGGGAAACGGUUUGAACUUUUUUCCAUAUGUUUCCAGUAUUCUAAAUAAUUUUCCCAAAGUUUUCAUAAUACAGUUGAAAAUGCAAGGAAAGGACUGUUUUCUGAAAUGCUUUCAAACCAUUUCUUUCCAUGGCACUUGAACAUUGGAUAUACACCCUCAUUGAUUCAACUGAGCCUAUGCUCCCCAUGAAAAAAUGUUCCUUUACACAGAUGACAGGCAUGUCAAGAGGACUUGAUAGUUUUAUUUUUGUAUGACUUUAUUCAGCUAUAAAACCCCACCUGCUGUGGUACAGUCCAGACACAGGUUUACCACCGCACAUACUGUUUGUAAGAACUAGGCCUUAGUUUUCUAGUAAUAGAAAUCAUUAUUCAUUAUUUUGUAUUGUAGGUCAUCUAAAAUUUGGUUAUUUUUAGUUAUGUAAAUAAAUACAGUUGUAUUUAUAAAUUUGCUGCAAAAGCACAGGUAAAUUAUUCAUCAAAUUUAUUACUAUAAAAACUAUUUUAACCUUGUGGAAGUGACAUUUGCUCAUAUUUGAGUAAAAAAUAAUAAUAAUAAACUACUGUUUUGUGAAUUUUUAGCAUUCUGUGAUAACUUUUUAGAAUUAGAUGCACAAAUUUUGAAUGUGACUGAUGUAGGGCAUUUACAAAUACUUGGGACCAUUUUACCAUGUUUUCUGUAUGAACUUUUCAUUUGCUUUGUGAUAAGACAACCGUAAGGCUUACUGUGAAUAAAACAGUCAUUACUGAGCACAUAAGUCAAAUUAUGUAAAAUAAAAUUUGCAUUGCAAAACCAGCCAAUGCAUUUCUACCUUCCACAGGAUGUCAGAAUCUUUAAUGUAAUAAAUACUUUUGUGAACUUCUGUGUUUACUGUAAAAACACCUGCACGUUAUGAAAACAUUUUGGGCAACAUCUAAUGAUGUCGGCCUGGUUGAACAAUGAAAAUGUGCUUGUGCAAUGGGACUUCUAAUGUUUUUUCUCUCCUCUCCAGUCCCUAAUCCCUCUGGAGCAGAUUUUUGCAGCCACACAGGGGGCUGUAGGGUGUAGAAGAGGAGGAAUAAGCCCUGUUGCAUGAGUGGAUGCCUGCUUUAUGCCAAGUUGAAUCUCACCUUUAAUUUCAUGUCAAUAAUAUUAUAUACUCAAUUACUUUUGAUUGAAAUAUGAAGGCACAACUAUUUCCUCUGUAACACUGUAGGUUUUUUCUUAGUUAUUAACAGCUGUAAUAUUCUAAUAUAUCCAAUACCUCAAAAAACUGCUGAUCCAGGUUGAUGUUCUGCUGUCAUCAUGCACUUUUACAGCAAAGAUAGCAUAGUACUCACUUGCCUGCUGUCAUUUACACCUGUUCACCGGUGACUGCCUGAUACCUGAUUACAAAGAUGGCAGAAUCCAUUAGAGUCUGACAUUAGACUAUAAGUGAACUUACAAUUGUUUUGUUAUUUGGCAUUUAGUUACGGUGAAGCUCAUCUGUCAUUCUGUUGGCAGUCACCUAAGUUUGGAAGUCUUUAUAGUCUUCUUAGGGUUUAACCAUCCUGAAUGGUUUGGUUUAAUUGCCUGGUUUAAUCAGUAUGUUAAACUGAUAAACAAGCACAUGAAUUUUAAAAUGAAAUUUAAAUGACAUGAGAAUUGACUUGAUGCAUCAGACUAAUGUCUAGCUUGUAUAGUAUUCUAUUUCCCACAGCAGCCAUUCAGAUGCCUCUGCAACAGCCUUUUCCAACCUUGUGCCCUCCAGCUGUUUUGGACUACAACACACGAACCCCACCCAGGUGGAGGACACCAUAUUGUUAAAGGCUUCUUUUGAAGCUUAUGAAGAAAUAACAGUGGCAGCCCUCCUGUUUGCCCCCAACUGUAACAAUAAGCAAAAAACUAUUGGUAGCUUCAUCGAUUUUAAAAUAUGUAAGUACACAAGUGGCUAUCUGUGCCUUACUUUAAUCUUUACAUAGAUCAGGCAAAAGAUGAACUUUCAAUUAGGACACGAUACAAGUUAUAGGUGGGGAAUCUGUAGCUUUCCAAAUGUUGUUGGACUACAGCUCCCAUCAUCCCUUAUCGUUGGUCAUGCUAACGGGGGCUAAUGGGAGUUGGACUCCAACAACAUCUAGAGCACCACAGGUUCCUCAUCUUUUGAUGUAGUUCUUUCAUUCUUACGGAUUGAGAACUUGACUGCAGAGGCCAAGGACAGAUUGCGAUUGCUUUAGAGCAGAAUUGUGGAACCUGUGGCCCUCCAGGUGUUGUUGGGCUACAACAUUCACCAUCCCAGACCACUGGCCAAGCUGGCUGAGUCUGAUGGGCGCUCAGCAACAUCUGAAGGGCUGCAGGUUCCCCACCACUGCUCUAUACCCUUAAAAACAUCACACCAGAACAUUGUUUACUUGAGUAAUAAUAUACUAGGCACCCACAAUUGUGGAACUCUUUUUCCCUACCAAUCCUGGGGAUCUUUGGAAGCAUUGUAAAGGUUUUAUAUUAGACUGGUUCUUGGGAUAGGGUUCUUUCUCUAAUAGAUUUAUAUCCUGCUUUGCUAUCAUUUAGGUCUUCAAGAAAACUUGAAACAGACAAAAGUUGUUUAUAGUGGCAGGCUUUCAGAGGCAGAUCUCCAUCCCAGAACAAAGGAAAAGACUGUCAACCUGUUCCUGAAAACUACCCAGGUUCUUGCUGUCUUUGGCUCAGCAAAGACCAAAUCCAGGAACAGAGCAUAUCUUGAACCAGAGAAAGGUUGUUCCUGCUACAGAUCUUCCCGGAGGCAGUCUGAUGGAGGUGCCAUUCUCCCUUGUCAAUGUCAAUAGUUGUCAAUAGAGGCAAAGAGCAGCCCCUCCCUGAAACACACUUACAAAUCCAGGAGUGGAGCAGAUAACUACAGCCAGGUCAGGGCUGCUACUGUCUGAUCCUUACUGGUUUUAAUUAACCACAGAAUAAAUUUCAGUUUCCUAAAGUUCAAGCAUUCCAUAAAAGGAAAUGUGAGGUCAAAGCUUGUGCCAUUUUCAGGUUUGGGGUGAAAUGGACAUUUCAUAAGAAAACCUUGAAGUAUGAUUUUUAUUCUAGUGAAUGGAGGUCCUAAGAAACUGGCUAGCAUCUUGAGCACAUAGAAAAGGUUGUUACUCCUUGCCUUCCUUCUUGAAUAUCAAGGUGGGGCAGGGAUAGCGACACAUGCAGUUGUGGGCUUAGGUUGGAGGAUCAAGAUUUGUGCCAUGUUAUCUUCAUACCUGUUCUGUAACAAACUGGAUGAAAAUAGAUAAGAUCCCAUUCCUCCAAAUAAAGCCAUAUAUAGUCAGCAGUCUAUGGUGGAGUGGGAGUUCUGUGUCCAAAGAGUCUUGGCACAGUAUAGAGUCUGGUAAUCCAGGUAUCCUGACAAAGCAUAUCCUUAAACAUCCAAAGCUUAUUUUGCCAUAGAUACUAAGAUCUAUCCUAUAUAGCAGGUGUAGAGAACCUUUCGCCCUCCAAAUGUUGCUGAACUUCAAUUCUCAUCAUCCCUGUUCAUUAGCCAUGCUUGCUGGAGCUAAUGGGAGUUGUAGUUCAGCAUCAGCUGGAAGAUCAAAAGUUUGCCACACCUGUUAUAUGCCACGAAUAAAUAUGUAUCUGUGGCUUCCCUGAGAAUAUAAUUGGCAGGGAAUAUAAUAAUAUUUACAGUAACAAAAUGAGGUACCAGGAGCAAUUUCUUGGACAACUGUUUUCUGUUGUUCUCUAGAGCUCCUUUGGAUCAGACCAAAGUUUCAUUUUGUCCAUCCUGUUUCCAGCCAAGGUGCUUCCAGGUGCCCAUAAGAAGGGCAUGAAGAAAAGUCCCCCGACUCACUACUUGCACCCUCAGCCACUGGUAAUACAUUGUAUACUUUUUAAAAUUAAUGACAUGUUAAUUAUUUUAUUAUCUGAAACAUUUAACAGCUCAAUAAGAUGCAUCUACACUUCUUUAUAUGCAGAUUUGUAUUUUAUUUUAGAAAAAUAAUCCAUAUUGUCUCUUUUUUUAAAAAAAACUAUGAAACUAUUUUCUGUUGGUUCUUUCAUUGCCCCACAGAGGAGGACAAUUUUAGUAUUUAGAAGAAAAAAUUUAGUAUUUUCAAAACUGGCAGCACUUUUUUUUUACAAAACUGGUAGCACCUUUUUGUUUGUUUCAAUAUUUGUAAGAGAACUACAAAAUACUUGUCAGUAAGGUAACAAACAGCAAUCCCAUAUCUUAUUUUGUUUUUACUUAUCUUGUAUGCCAUACUUCUUGUACUACUAUCAAAUGGGAAAUAAAAGACUAGCAUUUUUUUAAAAAAAAUCCUUACACUAAAUAUUUUAAGUUAUUUUGCAAGCAUCUUUUGAUUUAAGGUAUUCAUGUUGAUAUUCACUGUUCCUGUUGUUUGUAGUCAAAAUGUAAGUGCCUUAAGUUUAUUUUUUAAUAUCCCUAAUAUAUUCAUACUAGAUCAUAAUGCAAAUU